AUGAUUUGCCGCAAUUGUCUGCGCGCCGCCUCAAAGGCUCGACCACAACAAACCCGCUUCCUAACGACCUCCUCCCGCCUCAACGCAACACCCAUCUCCGCAGCACAAUCCGCACCAGCUCGACAAGGCUCGCCCUCAUCCUCGCACAACCCCCCCGCGGCAACAUCCACCUCCGCCGCUCAGCCCUUCAGCGAGCCCCUCACGCCCAAAGCGACCGCCCCCGAGAAGAAGAAAUCCACACCGCUGGUCAAGAGCAGCAUACCCGCCGGCACGCCUCUCAAAGGGCUGAACUUCGAGAAGAACAAACAAGACCCCGUCGCCCUGCCGGAUGACGAGUAUCCCGAGUGGUUGUGGGGGAUAUUAGCGCGGCAGGAGAAGAGUGCCGAGGGCGUGGGCAUGGGGGAUUUAUUCUCGAAGAGUAAGAAACAGCGCCGUGUCGCUGCUAAGCGUCUGCGCAAGGAACAGGCUAUGAACCCGGAGAUGCUGGUGCCCAAGGUACCCGUUUACGAACAGACGGUGGAUUUACCUGCGGGCGAUGGCAGUUUGGGGGGCGCGGUGGAUGCGGCGAGGGCGAGGGCGGAGUUGACAAAGGCGAUGCGGGAUAAGCGGCGCGCGGAGAUUAAGGAGAAGAAUUUCUUGAAGGCGAUGGGGUAG